AGAGCCGCUGUGGAGGGCGGAGAGCGAGCUCUGGAGGAUAGGGAGUGGGGGAGGGAGGCUCCCGUGGCAGAACGAGUUGUGGGCUACGGCGAGCCCCGCCGCGCCGAGUCCCCGCCGGCGCUAGCGCAGGUGUCCAGGCCUGCGGAAAUCCCUGGUGGUAUCGGCGGCCUCCUCCCUUGGACACUACAGUUGCCAUGGGAACAGUUGGGCAUUAACGGGAACCAGAUCGUCCACGAGACCAACUGGGGCCCAUCCCAUCCAUCUCGCCAGUUAAACGCCUCUGGCGGGCGUGGGCCUGGCAUUUCUUCGUGGCUUAGGAUUUCCCCCCCCCUUUUUCGUGAGCCUUUCCUUCCGACGUUGUAAGAAACUGUGCAGGGCUAGAAGGUGGGGAUGAGGGAAAUGGUGAGAGCAAUACCCAGAGGUAAAAGCUGCAGACUUCGCUAGGCAGAAGGUAAGACACUGUGAUACUAAGGUGGCUUCUGCCAUCUCAGGUCAGUGAGAGGGCAUACUGGGAAGCCCUGUGGAGUGGGAAGACAGUGCCGCUGUUGAGACAAGACCCAGGACUGGGCCGGGGACUGUCCCAAAGGGUUUCUCGUCAUAAUGGCUGUGGAAGGGUCAACCAUUACCAGCCGGAUCAAGAAUCUGUUGAGAUCUCCAUCCAUCAAACUGCGCAGGAGUAAGGCAGGAAACCGACGAGAGGACCUCAGCUCCAAGGUGACCUUGGAGAAGGUGCUGGGAAUUACAGUGUCUGGAGGCAGAGGACUUGCCUGUGACCCCCGAUCAGGUUUAGUUGCUUACCCAGCAGGGUGUGUGGUUGUGUUGUUCAAUCCCCGGAAACACAAACAGCACCACAUCCUCAACAGUUCCAGGAAAACCAUCACUGCCCUUGCCUUCUCCCCUGAUGGCAAGUACUUGGUCACUGGAGAGAGUGGGCACAUGCCUGCCGUGCGGGUUUGGGACGUGGCAGAGCACAGCCAGGUGGCCGAGCUGCAGGAGCACAAGUAUGGUGUGGCUUGUGUGGCCUUCUCUCCUAGCGCCAAGUACAUUGUCUCUGUGGGCUACCAGCAUGACAUGAUCGUCAACGUGUGGGCCUGGAAGAAAAACAUUGUGGUGGCCUCCAACAAGGUGUCCAGUCGGGUGACAGCAGUGUCCUUCUCUGAGGAUUGCAGCUACUUUGUCACUGCAGGCAACCGGCACAUCAAAUUCUGGUAUCUCGAUGACAGCAAGACCUCAAAGGUGAAUGCCACUGUGCCCUUGCUGGGCCGCUCAGGGCUGCUGGGAGAGCUACGGAACAACCUAUUCACUGAUGUGGCCUGUGGCAGAGGAAAGAAGGCGGACAGUACCUUCUGCAUCACGUCCUCAGGGCUGCUGUGCGAGUUCAGUGAUCGAAGGCUUUUGGACAAGUGGGUGGAGCUGAGGACCACAGUGGCCCACUGCAUCUCUGUGAGCCAAGACUACAUCUUCUGUGGCUGUGCUGAUGGCACCGUGCGCCUUUUCAACCCCUCUAACCUGCACUUCCUUAGCACCUUGCCCCGACCCCAUGCUCUGGGGACAGACAUUGCUAGCGUCACCGAGGCCAGUCGCCUCUUCUCUGGAGUGGCGAAUGCCAGGUAUCCAGACACCAUUGCCUUGACCUUUGAUCCUACUAAUCAGUGGCUGUCUUGUGUGUACAACGAUCAUAGCAUUUAUGUUUGGGAUGUGAGGGACCCCAAGAAAGUGGGCAAGGUGUACUCGGCUCUGUAUCAUUCUUCCUGCGUCUGGAGUGUGGAGGUCUACCCCGAGGUGAAGGACAGUAACCAGGCCUGCCUGCCCCCCAGUUCCUUUAUUACCUGCUCCUCAGACAACACCAUCCGCCUGUGGAACACAGAGAGCUCCGGGGUGCAUGGCUCCACCCUCCACCGAAACAUCCUCAGCAGUGACCUCAUUAAAAUCAUCUAUGUGGAUGGGAACACCCAGGCCCUGCUGGACACAGAGCUGCCUGGAGGAGACAAAGCUGAUGCAUCCCUGUUGGAUCCCCGUGUGGGCAUCCGCUCGGUGUGUGUCAGCCCCAAUGGACAGCAUCUAGCAUCAGGGGACCGUAUGGGCACACUUAGGGUGCACGAACUUCAGUCCCUGAGUGAGAUGCUGAAGGUGGAGGCCCAUGACUCUGAGAUUCUGUGCCUGGAGUAUUCUAAGCCAGACACAGGUCUGAAACUGCUAGCAUCGGCGAGCCGGGACCGGCUGAUCCAUGUGCUGGAUGCCGGGCGGGAGUACAGCCUACAGCAGACGCUGGACGAACACUCAUCCUCCAUCACUGCUGUCAAGUUUGCAGCCAGUGAUGGGCAAGUCCGCAUGAUCAGCUGUGGAGCAGACAAGAGCAUCUACUUCCGCACUGCGCAGAAGUCUGGAGAUGGAGUGCAGUUCACACGGACACACCACGUGGUGCGGAAGACGACCCUCUAUGACAUGGAUGUGGAGCCCAGCUGGAAGUACACGGCUAUCGGCUGCCAGGACCGAAAUAUUCGGAUAUUUAACAUCAGCAGUGGAAAGCAGAAGAAGCUGUUUAAAGGGUCACAGGGUGAGGACGGCACACUCAUUAAGGUGCAGACAGACCCCUCAGGGAUCUACAUUGCCACCAGCUGUUCUGACAAGAAUCUCUCCAUUUUUGACUUCUCCUCAGGCGAGUGCGUGGCCACCAUGUUUGGCCACUCAGAGAUUGUCACUGGCAUGAAAUUUAGUAAUGAUUGUAAACAUCUCAUCUCUGUGUCUGGGGACAGCUGCAUAUUUGUGUGGCGCCUGAGCUCUGAGAUGACCAUCAGCAUGAGGCAGCGUCUGGCCGAGUUGCGCCAGCGUCAGCGGGGCGGCAAGCAGCAAGGACCAUCCUCUCCCCAAAGGGCUUCUGGACCCAACCGGCACCAGGCCCCAUCAAUGCUGUCUCCUGGACCGGCUCUCUCAUCAGACAGUGACAAGGAGGGAGAAGAUGAGGGGACUGAAGAAGAACUUCCAGCACUGCCCGUCCUUGCCAAGAGUACCAAGAAGGCACUGGCCUUGGUCUCCAGCCCAGCCUUGCCCCGAAGCCUGUCCCACUGGGAGAUGAGUCGGGCACAGGAGUCCGUGGGGUUCCUGGACCCAGCUCCUGCAGCCAACCCAGGACCCAGAAGAAGAGGGCGCUGGGUUCAGCCAGGUGUGGAACUGAGCGUUAGAUCCAUGCUGGAUCUGCGGCAGCUGGAAACACUGGCCCCAAGCCUGCAGGACCCUAGCCGGGACUCGCUGGCCAUCAUCCCAUCUGGUCCCAGGAAGCAUGGGCAGCAGGCCCUUGAGACUUCACUCACUAGCCAGAAUGAAAAGCCCCCUCGGCCUCAGGCUUCCCAACCUUGUUCCUAUCCCCAUAUUAUCCGAUUAUUGUCACAAGAGGAAGGGGUCUUUGCCCAAGAUCUGGAACCUGCACCCAUUGAAGAUGGUAUUGUCUACCCGGAGCCGAGUGACAACCCCACCAUGGAUACCAGGCAAGGAUCCUGCCCUAGCCAGACCUCGUGCCCCCGUCUUCCCCUCCCUGCAGGAGUCCAGCGGGGCUGCUGCCUACCCCUGCUCACUGCCUUUUCUUCUCCUUGCUGGAAUCCUGACAGUGAGUUCCAAGUGCAGGCUCCAGCCCGGGGAACUCUGGGAAGAGUGUACCCAGGCAGCAGGAGCUCAGAAAAGCACAGCCCUGACAGUGCCUGCUCUGUGGAUUACAGCAGCAGCUGCCUUUCCAGCCCGGAGCACCCCACUGAAGACUCUGAGAGCACGGAGCCCCUCAGUGUGGAUGGCAUCUCCUCAGACCUUGAAGAGCCAGCUGAGGGCGAUGAAGAAGAGGAAGAAGAGGAGGGAGGCAUGGGCCCCUAUGGGCUACAGGAGGGCAGCCCCCAGACUCCAGACCAGGAGCAGUUUCUAAAACAGCACUUUGAGACUCUGGCCAGUGGAGCUGCUCCAGGGGCCCCAGUGCAGGUCCCAGAGAGGUCAGAGUCUCGGAGUAUCUCUUCACGAUUCCUGUUGCAAGUACAGACCCGCCCACUCAGGGAACCAUCCCCGUCCUCCUCAAGCCUGGCACUGAUGUCGAGACCAGCCCAGGUGCCACAGGCAUCUGGUGAGCAGCCGAGAGGCAAUGGUGCCAAUCCCCCUGGAGCACCCCCGGAGGUGGAACCGUCCUCUGGCAACCCCAGCCCCCAGCAGGCAGCCUCUGUGCUGUUGCCACGAUGCCGUCUCAACCCUGACAGCAGCUGGGCUCCCAAGAGAGUGGCCACAGCCAGCCCCUUUUCUGGACUCCAGAAGGCCCAGUCUGUGCACAGUCUGGUGCCACAGGAAAGACAUGAGGCCAGUCUGCAGACCCCUUCACCAGGCGCACUGCUGUCUCGGGAGAUCGAAGCUCAGGAUGGUCUGGGCUCCCUGCCCCCAGCUGAUGGCCGUCCGUCUCGGCCUCACUCCUAUCAGAACCCCACCACCAGUUCCAUGGCCAAGAUAUCUCGCAGUAUCUCUGUUGGGGAGAACCUGGGCCUGGUGGCUGAACCUCGAACUCAUGCCCCCAUCCGAGUCUCACCACUCAGCAAGCUGGCCCUGCCCAGCCGGGCUCACCUGGUCCUGGACAUCCCCAAACCACUGCCUGACCGUCCUACCCUGGCUGCAUUCUCUCCUGUCACCAAAGGCCGGGCCCCUGGCGAGGCAGAAAAGCCUGGCUUCCCGGUGGGCCUAGGAAAAGCUCACAGUACAACUGAGAGAUGGGCCUGUUUGGGGGAGGGCACCACUCCCAAGCCUAGGACAGAGUGCCAGGCUCAUCCUGGGCCCAGCAGCCCCUGUGCCCAGCAACUGCCAGUCAGCAGCCUCUUCCAAGGCCCUGAAAACUUGCAGCCCCCACCCCCUGAGAAGACUCCCAACCCCAUGGGAUGCACCAAGCCAGGGGCAGCCCUGAGCCAGGACUCAGAGCCAGCGGUGAGCCUGGAGCAGUGUGAGCAGCUGGUGGCAGAGCUCCGCGGCAGCGUGCGCCAGGCAGUGCGGCUCUACCACUCGGUGGCUGGCUGCAAGAUGCCCUCAGCAGAGCAAAGUCGGAUUGCCCAGCUCCUCAGAGACACCUUCUCUUCAGUGCGACAGGAGCUGGAAGCUGUGGCUGGGGCAGUGCUGUCCAGCCCAGGCAGCAGCCCUGGGGCUGUGGGAGCCGAGCAGACACAGGCCCUGCUGGAGCAAUACUCAGAACUGUUGCUUCGAGCCGUGGAACGGCGUAUGGAACGCAAACUCUGAGUUCUGGAAGCCUGUCCCAAGUGAAUGAAUGCCCCAGCGAUUCCAAACUGCAGCCCCUCUGCCCCUCACCAAAACCUGCGGGGCUGCUUGGAGUGGAAAGCAGGGAGCAGUGUUCAGAGGCAAAGCAGCCUUCCCAGCCGCUCCUCGUGGGGCCUGUAUUUAUUAAUUUAUUUCCCUGACUGUUGCCUCACUUCCUUGGAACUCCUGCCUCCACAGCCCCUCCAGUGGCAGGGACAGGUCUUGGGUCUUUGUCAUCUUGGUGCUGUGAGAGGUAGGAGGGCAGCCUGCCCCAUCUAGGAAUCUGGGAAGGGCUGGCCCUCUCUUAGAAGCCAUUUGAAAUUACUGCAGGGAUUAGCUCCCUGUGGUGGAGCAUACACAGGGUACUCUGGGGUCGAGGUGAGAGGUGAUGUGGUAUUCAGUGCCCGUCAGCCAACUGUGGGCCUUCACCUCUACCUGCACUUCCCCUCUCACACCAGCUGCACUCCCCUGGCUGCCAAAGCAAGGUGGUUUUCCCCAAUACCUGGCAGCUCAGAAAGGCAGAGCCAUCUGGCCCUCCAGGGUGUCCCCAGCCAUCAGGAGACUUGAGUUGGUAUUUGGACCUGAGCCCGCACAUUCCACUCCCAUUCUCCCUCCAAGAGGGGCUCAGCAUUGUAUUUCCCUGUGACCCCUUACUCUCCUGGCCAGAACUUGAGCCAGCUGGGGGACGUUGCUGCAGGACAGUAAGCCCUCACCUGGGCAAACAUGAAGCUCUGGCCUCCUUUCCUCAGCCCCUUGUUCUUCCCUGUCCUCCACCCUGGACCCCAGCCGGCUGCUGGAGCCCAGAGGCCACCUUCUCCCUGCAUCCUGAAUGAUGCUUAGUCAGAAGCCUGUGUUGGAACAUCCCUCGUUUACAGGGCGCUGGCCUACCUCCUGAGGACCUCGGCCACAGAUGAGAUCACACGCAUGCACGUGCACACAUGUACACACACACACCUACCUGCACAGCACGCCGUUGAGUGUUGGUUGCUAGAGUAUCCGGCUGGCUGCUGUGUGCCUGGUUUCCUCACAUCCUGCCUCAGCUUCACCACCCUGGCUUAUGUGGAACACCUAUCAGGGAGCAGAAAAGGGGUGCAGUACACUAAGUGAACCCAGAUUCUGGAUUCUUGGUGUUCACAGCCUAGCUGAUACGAGAUGGCCCAUAGGACACCUGGUUUAGGUAGAAGGAGCCUCCUCAAAGGCAGUGCUGGGCACCCACGGGUGUGCUGGAUACUGGAGUUUGAGAGGAGGGAGGUGCUGGGGCCAAAGGAGACACUAGAAAAGUGGUAGAUGGGACAGGUAAGUGGCAGAGGUGAGGGGAUAAGUUAGAAUGUAAAAGGGCAGUAAUUAGGGGUGAGGGAAAGGAGAUAGGGGACCCUAGGAGGUAGAGUGGGCCCAUGUCGUGAGGCAGUUGAAGAGUUGAGGAAAGGUUUUUCUGGGCCCUACUGCUCCCCUCUGCUGCAGGUAAGUCAGAGCAGCUUUACCACAGCUUCAGGCCACGAGAGCCCCUUCACCCGCCCUGCUGCGCCGUAGGCAGAGGCUUAUAAAGAAAUGGGUUCCGGGCCAGGUGUGGUGGCUCAAGCCUGUAAUCCCAGCACUUUGGGAGGCCGAGGCGGGUGGAUCACGAGGUCAGGUGAUCGAGAUCAGCCUGGCCAACAUGGUGAAACCCUGUCUCUACUAAAAAUAAAAAAAUUAGCUGGGCGUGGUGGUGGGCGCCUGUAAUCCCAGCUACUCGGGAGGUUUAGGCAGGAGAAUCGCUUGAACCUUGGAGGUGGAGGUGGAGGUUGCAGUGAGCCGAGAUCGCGCCAUUGCACUCCAACCUAGGUGACAAAGCUACACGCCAUCUCAAAAAAAAAAAAAAAAAGAAAUAGGGUUACAAAAGGAUCCCAGCUCCGGGGCAUCAGCCUGAGUGCGCUUGAGCUGCUCCAAACCUGGCCCUUCCCGACUCCUCUAGCAUCGCCACCCGCAUGGCCCUGGAACUCCCACGGCGGCGGGGGCGGGCCCGUGCCUGCUGUGCCCCGACUUCCCACACCAGCCGCGCCCACCGCAGGUGGGACUCAGGUUCGCCCUCUGGGCCAGGUCCUUCACGAGGAGGGAGCUACCCUUCGCCAGAAGUUUGUGAGAAUGUGGCCGCCCUUUUCCUGCCCUCUGCCCCAUGUGGGUGGGGGGGCCUCGUGGCCCGGCCGGCGCCCCGUCCCCUUCUGCAUGUCUGAGGCCACCGGCAACCGCCGCCCCACUCCAGAUUUGCCCCCGCCCUGUUUUGAAAGCCCCUUAUUUAUAACUUUUAUACUUUGUGCAGGUCGCGGCGCUUCCCGCCUCAUCCUCGGCUGCAUGGGGCGGGGGGGCUGUUUUUAACGUGCCCGUUUGUACUGAUGUAUGAACUUGUCAAUAAACACAAUUGUUUGUUAA